AUGGGGCAGCGUAGUCGUGAGCGGCAUUUUGACCCAAACCCGUUGGCAGUGGGUGCGGCGAGAGUGGCACGGCAGUCGGGGACGUGUGCCGAUGGUAUGCCCGCCACGGAGGUGUGUGCACGUGCAGCUAGGCCAAUGAAAAGAGGUAUGGGAAGAGGUGAACAGAGGGAGGAGGCUCAGCGGGAUCAGCAGAGUACGCAAGACGGCGGCCGGGCGAAGCAAUUCGCAUACCUGCCGGUGGGGUGGAAGAUGGAUGCUGAAAAGAUCAAAUGGAAUGUGCUGCGGCGGAUUCCAGUGCAUGUUUCCCAAUCCACGCCAUGCAGGGGCACUGUCAGUUAUUCCCGGCACCGGCUGGCAGAUGCGGUAACGGCGGCCGCCAAUUUUAUCAGCCUUUCAAUUGCGGCGCCUCUCGAGGGUGAAGGACCAUAUCGGCUGCCGGGUGAGAGGUUUGCGUUUGAAAAGGAUAGUUACAAAUCCCUUGGCUCGUCUAGCAGGAAAAAUUUCUCCUUUGUGAGGCGUGCAAACAACGAGGCCACCGUGUGUCAGUUACCUAAAAGUAUCUCCAAAAUGAGAGGUUCUGUUUCAAAUACACCAAGCGUCCCAGUCCAUGUUGAAGCCGUACCGAACUCUCUGUCAUUGCACGACACGCUGCCGGUGCUGGAGGCAGAAGAAUGCACAUUGACAACAUUGAAGGCAACGCCAUCAUUGCCACAGCUCCUGUCAUCCGAGGAAUGUGCACCUCAUGUCAUUGAGGCUGCGGAGUCCGAGCAACCGGCUGCGGAGGAGGUUGCUGAUGCCCGAGUAACUGUGGAGAGUACCAGGGCGGCUAAUGUGUCUAACGAUGCCGUGCCUCCAGCUGCUUCAGUUGAUGGUCUGGUCUUCUCGAAAAGCGCUUAUGGUGUGGUUGAUCCCGUAUAUGCGGUGGUGGAGCGGUCACUCGUGAAGGAGCGUCAUUAUUUAGAAAAGUUGCAAGAAAUUAUCAAAGAGGUUCUAUUGGCCGAACGGGAGAGUUCACCGGCUGCGGAGGAAAGUGCGGUUGCAAUACUGCCGGAGGAGAAGAAGGAGGAGGAGAAGGUGCCAGGCCCUCUCAAGCCAGUCUGGUACACCAGGCCGAAGCAGCCGCAGGUCCCAUCGAGUCAGAGGGUGAAGGGUGGGAGGCCGAUGCGGUACACGGCACUUGGAGACGCAGUCGUGCGAUCCGCGUGGAGCGGGAGCCUGUGA